GGAGCGUAUCCCCACUUCGUCAGGGACCUGCCCGAGACGCAUCGCGAGAACUAAGGACAACGAAGACGGCAAAGACACAUUCGCCAUGGCUGAUCUGCAGGGCCGCAAGAUCUUCAAGGUCUUCAACCAGGACUUCAUUGUCGAUGAGAGAUACACGGUGACCAAAGAGCUGGGGCAGGGAGCUUAUGGCAUUGUCUGCGCCGCCGUCAACAACCAAACCAACGAGGGUGUCGCCAUCAAGAAGGUCACAAAUGUCUUCAGCAAGAAGAUCCUCGCCAAGCGCGCCCUGCGCGAGAUCAAGCUCCUGCAGCACUUCCGGGGGCACCGCAAUAUUACCUGUCUGUAUGACAUGGACAUCCCUAGACCCGACAACUUCAACGAGACAUACCUCUAUGAGGAGUUGAUGGAGUGCGACCUGGCGGCCAUCAUCCGGUCCGGCCAGCCGCUAACCGACGCCCACUUCCAGUCUUUCAUCUACCAGAUCCUGUGCGGCCUCAAGUACAUCCACUCGGCGAACGUGCUGCACCGCGAUCUCAAACCGGGUAAUCUGCUGGUCAAUGCCGACUGCGAGCUCAAGAUUUGCGACUUUGGCCUCGCUCGCGGCUUCUCGAUCGACCCCGAGGAGAAUGCCGGGUACAUGACCGAGUACGUGGCGACGCGGUGGUAUCGCGCCCCGGAGAUCAUGCUGAGCUUCCAAAACUACACCAAAGCGAUCGACGUCUGGUCCGUGGGUUGCAUCUUGGCCGAACUGCUCGGCGGCCGCCCGUUCUUCAAAGGCCGCGACUACGUCGACCAGCUGAACCAGAUCCUGCACAUCCUGGGCACGCCAAACGAGGAAACCCUCUCCCGGAUCGGCUCGCCCCGGGCGCAGGAAUAUGUCCGUAACCUGCCCUACAUGUCCAAGAAGCCGUUCGCGCAGCUCUUCCCCAACGCCAACCCGGACGCGCUUGACCUGCUGGACCGCAUGCUGGCCUUCGACCCGACGCGCCGCAUCUCGGUCGAGGAGGCGCUCGAGCACCCGUACCUGGCCAUCUGGCACGACGCUAGCGACGAGCCGGACUGCCCCACCACGUUCAACUUCGACUUUGAGGUCAUCGACGACGUCAACGAGAUGCGCAAGAUGAUCCUCGAGGAGGUCUUCCGCUUCCGCCAGCUCGUCCGCACCGUCCCCGGCUCGACCCCCCACGCCCACGCCCAGCCCGCCGCGCCCGGGCAGGUGCCGAUGCCGAGCGGGGGGCCCAACCACCAGUGGAAGGCCGAUGAACCACGGCCGGAGGAGUACGGGACUAUGCAGGGUCUGGAGGCCGAGCUGGGAGGCAGAUGAACCACCGCUCAUCCUUGUGUCUUUUGGGUCUAGCUAGGGGGGUUGGAGAGUGCAAGAGACGAGGGCUUGGGACGAGGAAGACGAGGAUGAGGGAAGUGAAGGAGCGCGGAGAAGAU